CGACCCUCGGCCCUUGAACCUCCGAUACCGGCCUAGACUUUGAGUUCCGAGAAAUACAAAAAUAAAAAGGGCAGCCAGCUCAAUCUGAAGAUACAGAACUGUGGGACUCUAUAAUGUAUGAUUAUUGAAAAAAUACGAUAUAAAAGAGUGGGUUUAUAACCUCUACAGUGCAGGACUAAAAGGAUUGUGUUGCCUACCGUGGAAAAGAGAAAAAGUGAUAAAAAGUAGAGACACAGUUGAGAGGUUUUAACAUGCAAUUCUUUCGUGCUUUUAUCAUCAUUGCUUCAAUGUCAAGCUCCAUUCAAUCCCAUCAGGUUUACAAGAUGCGUUUAAAGCGCUCCCUUGAGAUAGAAUCUGAUUUGGCAGAUUUCACUGAUCUUGAUCCUGAGAUGAUCACUGAGAGCUCUAUGAAAGAUCAUGAUGAAGGUCUUGAGGUAGAUGAGAAGAGUGAGCUUGAAGAUGAAGAGAUUGAUCCACAGCUGAAGAUGAGAAAAAUCAAUGAGCUUCUAAACAUGAUAGAAAGUCAGGCAAUCAAGGGAGAAAACUGUUCUCCAGGGACGGAAUUGGAUCUAGGAGAGGAGGUCGUAGACUCCUAUGGACAGGAAAGAUUUCAAGCUGCUGCCUUGAUAUCAGUCAACAGAGCAAAUUGGCUUACAAGAAUGUGGAAGUAUGGUGAAUCUACAAUGGAGAGCUCUCAAUAUCUACUCCACAGUGCACUCAUAGAGAUGAUGGAGUUAAACAAUGAUAUUUUUGCUGCAGGUAACUGCUAUGAUAAAAAACAAUAUGGAUCCUUCUUCCUCUUCUGCCCGUAUGCCUACCGUGUUCAUAACAACUCUAUUCUUGCAAAGGAUUUGGCACUGGAGUAUAACUAUCUGAGUAAUACCUCAGUCUGGUUCUUUGAUGCUAGACAAAGAGCAGAACAAAUUGUAAGGGACAACUAUCCAAUCCGACGAGGCUUUCAUGCAGUUCAUGUAAACCUAAGCAAUACAGUUCUCAUGGAGAAGGAAAUAUUGGCUGUACAAUACAAGGAUGGUCAGUGGACUAAACCCUAUUACGACUGUGGAGGUGGGAAUAUCUGGAUGAUGACCUACACAGUUCCAUUCUUUGGAUAUAAUUCAGAAAAAGAAGAAUACUUUUUCAAAGGUACCAGUGGAAUUGACAUAGAUCUUCGUAGAGUAGAUAUCAACCAGUGCCAUAUCAAUGGAAGUUCCUUUAAUAUAUUUGGAGGAACAGACAAAUGUAAAAAGCAGACUACAACAUGUGUGCCACUAACUGGACUAGGGUUCCGGCGUGGAAGUUACUCGUGUGUUUGUAAAACUGGAUUUUAUUUCCCGGACACUUCUGCACAGUUGAAGUACUACAAUGGGACCAUUCUGGAGGAGGAGUACGAGCAGAAGCUAAUGGGUGUAAACUGGACCUUCUACGACGAUCAUGACUCUUUUCAAUGCUUGGAGUGUGCUGAAGGGUGUGAGGAAUGUGCUGAUGCUUCUCCCUGCAUUGUCUCAUUGAAUAUGGUCUUACGAACUAUUCUCUUAGUUCUUCAAUGUGUUAUUAUAGGAUGCCUGCCAGUCGUAGUUCUCUUUACAUACAAGUACAGGGAGCUCAAGGUUGUAAAAGCUGCAAGUCCUGUUCUUCUUAGGAUCAUUAUUCUUGGAGCUUUCUUCAUUUAUAGCACGACUAUUGUCCUGUAUCCUCGACCCAACAUGUUGACUUGCACUCUCAGAAUCUGGUUGAGAGAGAUAGGGUUUGCACUCUCAUACGGAGCACUCAUGCUCAAAACCUGGAGGAUCAGUGUGAUAUUCCGGGUUCGAUCGGCUAAAGCUGUGAAGAUUACUGACAUGGAUCUAAUCAAGAGACUGGGGAUUAUUGUUGGUAUAUUCGUUCUUCUUCUUCUUAUCCGAACUCUAGUUUCUCCACCAGAAGUCAUAAUUGGACGAACAGCUGACGAUUUGAAGGCCUUUUUGUGUCAGUCGGAUUGGUGGGACCAUUCCUUCACUAUACUUGAGUUCCUGUUCCUACUAUGGGGUAUACGGUUAUGUAUCCGAGUACGGAAAGCUCCCUCGGAGUUUAACGAAAGUAGAUUUAUAUCCAUGACAAUCUAUAACGAGUUCCUUCUCUCAAUAUUCCUCAACGUAUCAAUGUUUUUUCUUCAACAUCCAGCAAACCCUGAUCUUCUGUACAUCAUCUUCUUCUGUCACAGCCAACUUACAAUCACUAUUCUACUGUGUUUAAUAUUCGCGAGCAAGUUUUACUUGGUAAUGAAGGGUCAAGGAAAGGAGAUAGAAGAACAUAAUAACGGAAAACAGCAGUUUAUCAACAAGUUUAAUAAACCACUUCACAGGGUUGGUAGUACAAUGGCACCAAAUUCUCAUUCGUCAGCUGGUCCUCCAGUUCCAAUAGCAUCUUCAGUUUCUACCAUAGUUCCCUCUACACCUGGAAUACCAGUAGAUAAUUCAGAGGGAGCUAUAAAUGCCGAGCUGAACAAGAUGAUGAUCACUCUGAAGCAACUUCAGGAGAAGAAUGCUAUCUCAGGUUCAAUACUUGUCUCCAAGAGAAUAAUGGCAGUACAGGAGGCUUUGUGCAGCAACAAUUUACAUGCUGAGGGUUUAAACGGAAUUACAAAAAGUUGUCCCGUCAGUGUCCCCUGCCAAGCAGAGAAACAGAAACUGACGUGUCAAGAAACAAGAAAAUCUAUCAGGGCCAAGCAUCAGCUGAUUCAUGAUUUGGCGGGAAACCAAACCAAACCAAAUGAUGAACAUGACGAUAAAGACAGUUACUGUAUGGAUGGAGAAAAGGUUAAAUUGAUAGAACUGACCGGAAGCACGGAGUUGAUUGAGAUUCAACCCAAUGGUAUCUUUAAUAAAGAAUCAACUGAGAAUAAUAUAAACAAAGGUUUUUUAACUCCAGAUGUUGACACAUGCUAUGUGGACGGACCUGAAAAAGUUAUAAAAAAUUCGAUAAAGCGGAGAAUUGUUAUCAAUCUUGACGAUAAGAACAAGUUUACGGAUGAAGUGACAGUUUGAGAAGGCAAACCACACCAAAUAUUCAUCAGCAUAUAUAUAUAUAUAUAUAUAUAUAUAAAUAUAUAAAUGUGGACGGUAUUCAGUGGCUUGAGAAGCAUCGUUUGAUACCCUAUUCGAUAUAUUUUGAAAGAAAAACAAAUUUCUGCCUACUGGUGACUUUUCUUUAACGAAAAUGACCGCGUGAAAAUUGAACGCGAAAAAAAAUCUGAACCUAAAUUCAGAGGGUUUAAAAUAGUUCUGACCAACUUUGCCAACUGCACUUCAUGCUUGGCUUCAAAAUAGACCAAUCCUAAUAUACAUAUAUAAAUAUAUAUGAAAAUUUGGGGUUCUAUAAUAGAAUUUGAAUACCAAAGUAUUAUCUGUAAACAAAAUUUGAAAUAAUUCAUAUUAGAAAUUAAUAUUUCACUUCGCAAGUUUAGAUAAUUUUUUAUUCUAAAUUUGAAUUUCACAGUUUUACAUUCUAGAAAAACCACACUUAUUUGAUAUUGAUAAGUUAUGUCCUAUAAAAAAAAGUUAGGUGUAAACAUCCUAGAUUAAAAACGCAACAUAUUGCUAAUUUUUUUAGUGGAUAGAACCUUGAUUGCAUCAGAAAAUAUUUCCUUAUUUGUCUGAGACACCCAUUAUAUUAUUUUCACACUAAAAUAAUUUUAGGUUUUAUUUAAACAUUUAUAGGGCUGGCAAACUCACAUCUUUUACAGCAACUCACAUGACACCAGGAAAGGUUCUAUAGCUAGCUGGUCGAAAUAGAAAAUUUUGCUAGCAAACAUAUUGACAAUUUUUUCAAUCUAAAUAGCGAAAUCCGCGAAAAUUUGAGCUUGUUGCAGGAGAACGAAAAGAAAAUUACGACUUCAUAAGCAACAGUUAAAAGCUAAAAUUGUUACUUCGAAGCCUAGUUAAUUUAUAUAUUUCUUCACCUGUAAUUUAAUAAUCUGUAAAUUAACCUAGCUACCUUAUUUCACCAAGCCCAGUUUAAAAUGUUAAAUUAGAAGCAAAAAAUUAUUACAUUGCACAUUUGCACGCUAAUUUUCAUUUGAAUAUUUCAUCCACAGUUUUAUGGGUCUACCUGUAUACAAAAAUACAAUUAGUAUUUUGUAAAUAGUUCAUUCACAGUUCAUAGCAUUACCUCUUAGUCAUCACAUGACCACUGAAAGAGUACAAACUAUUUAUCCAUACAUAUAUAUUAUAUGUGUUAAUAUUAUAUUGUGUAGAUUUAUUGAAUAUCAUAGUUACUUACAAAUUACAAGGCGUAUACACCAGGAUCUUUAAUAUCUUAUGUAUACUUGAAUUAUUAGAAAAGACGACAUUUGUGUCAAGUUAAAGGGACUGUAAAUGUAAUUUCAAAAGACUCUUCUUUUAUCAAGUGGCAAGUUUGAACAAUAAUAAAUAAGAUAUCACUGUUUUUCUCUUGGAAAUUAUGUAAUUUUCUUUUGUGGUUUCUCUAUAAAAUU